GAAAACAUCCUUUUCGUGCAAAAAAUAUAAAUUAGGUCGAAAACUUGAUUUGCAUGCUUGAAAAAGAUCGAAGAAGUUGCAACGUUAUUGUUUUCAUUCAAUCUGGACUUUGUUCGUGGUAGUUUUAAAGAAUAGCCAUGCCGCCCAAAAAAGCACCAGGAGCAGCGCCGAGCAAAAAGACGGAGCUGAAAAAGAAGGAGAAAGUUAUUGAGGAUAAGACGUUUGGCCUGAAGAACAAAAAGGGUGCAAAACAGCAGAAGUUCAUUCAGCAAGUUGAGAAGCAGGUGAAAUUCGGAGGAAUUCCAAGCAACAGGAAAUUGGAGGAUGCGAAAAAAUUGGAGUUGGAAAAGAAAAAGAAAGAGGACACUCUCAGCCUUUUGUUCAAACCAGUCGCCACUCAGAAAGUGGAAAAAGGAGUUGAUCCCAAGUCGAUUUUGUGUGCGUUUUUUAAGCAGGGCACCUGCGGCAAAGGAGACAAAUGCAAAUUCUCUCACGAUCUGACAAUUGAACGAAAAGCCGAGAAGAGGAGUCUGUACGUUGACAUGCGAGAUGGAGAGGAGGAAACCAUGGAAGACUGGGAUGAGCAGAAGCUGAGCGAAGUUGCUGAAAAGAAGCACGGAGCUGCUGAUUUAGCUCGACCCAACCAGACCGAUAUUAUCUGCAAAUAUUUCCUGGAAGCUGUGGAAAUUAAUAAAUAUGGAUGGUUCUGGGAAUGUCCCAACGGGUCCAAGUGCUUUUACCGCCACGCCUUGCCACCUGGUUUUCAACUGAAGAAGGACAAGAAGAAGGAGGAAAAAAUGGACAAAAUUUCUUUGGAGGACUUGAUCGAAAAGGAGCGUGCUGCACUGGGCUUUAACUUAACUAAGGUCACUCUUGAAACUUUCAUUGCGUGGAAAAAGCGGAAGUUGACGGAGAAGGCGAAAAAUGCCAAGAUUGACGAGGAAAAGAAGAGGCAAGAGUUCAAAGCUGGCAGACAAGUUGGCAUUUCUGGUCGUGAGAUGUUCGUCUUCAAUCCUGAGCUGGCCAGAGAAGGCGACGAUGACUUUGAAGAAGGUGGAGUAGCCCUCGACUACAGGCAGUUGUCCAAGGAUGACGAUGAAGACGACGGUAUUGAGUACAAGGAAAUCGUUCUGGAUGACAUUGCUCUGGAGGCGAGCGAGGCUGAUGGAACAGGCUCUGUUGCUACUGAAAACAGGCUGUCCGAGAUUGCAGCCCAGACGCAAACUAUUACAAACGGAACUGCCGAAGACCCCGGUGCUACUGCUGCAGCUAUUGAUGAAAACCUGUUCCUGGAUGAUGAUGACCUUGACGACCUGGAAGAUGAACUUGAAGAGUUGGAAAUUUCUGAUUCAUAGCCCAAAUUUUGUCCCGUUUUGAUAAACUGGACAGAAAUAACCAACUAAAUUCAAAGCCCAAAAUCAUGUCCGCACGUGAAUGUAAUAAGAUAACUCUUCUAAUUUAAUUUCAAAUUUUAUUUUCUUAAAAACCUUAAAAUCUCAGUUACUUGAACAUGUUGAUGUUUGGCUUGAAUUAUCUGACUUGAUGAUUGCAAUACAAUCUUUGCCAUGUAAACAUUUGUCUUCGAAACUGCACAAC